AUAGUGUUGCUAUGUGAUAAUCAAAAACAACCAAGAAAAUAAAUAAAUGACAAUACUUAUUAAUAUUUGCAACAAUUUAAUAGUAAGUGAUUAAAGUUCAACUAUGGUUUCGUUAACAAUUAAAAGUUACACUGUUAAGGAUAUUAGGUUUCCAACUUCAUUAGAUAAACAUGGGAGUGAUGCAAUGCAUCCUGAUGGCGAUUAUUCUUGUGCUUAUGUAACUUUGUUCACGGAAGAUGAACAAUUAACUGGACAUGGGUUAACAUUCACAAUUGGCAAGGGAACGGAAGUUGUUGUUCGAGCUGUUGAAUCUUUGAUGGAAUUGGUUGUUGGUGUUAAAUUUAAUGAUAUAAUUAACGAUUUCGCUGGUUUUUGGAGGAAAUUGUCCAGUCACAGUCAAAUGAGGUGGAUUGGUCCAGAAAAAGGGGUCAUCCAUUUGGCCUUGGCCGCAGUGGUCAAUUCACUUUGGGAUCUAUGGGCAAAGAUAGAGGGUAAACCUUUGUGGAAGUUAAUUGUUGACAUGGAGCCCGAGCAACUUGUUUCGACCAUUGAUUUUAGAUACAUAUCAGAUGUCCUGAGCAAGGAAGAGGCCAUUGAAUUGCUCAAAAGUAAACGAGCAACGGUCAAGGAUCGAGAGAAGGAAAUUAAGGAGAAAGGUUAUCCCGCUUAUACCACUUCGAUUGGAUGGAUUGGUUAUGAUGAUGAAACCCGCCGUGGGCUUUGUCGUGAGGCCUUGAAACAAGGUUACACCAGUUUCAAGGCAAAGGUUGGUGAUGAUAUCGAAAGAGAUAAACAUAGAUUAACAUUAAUCCGAGAGGAAAUUGGCUAUGAAAAUAAACUAAUGGUUGAUGCUAAUCAAGUUUGGGAGGUUAAUCAAGCAAUCGAUUGGAUGAAACAAUUGACACAAUUUAAAUUACUAUGGAUUGAGGAACCAACAAGUCCCGAUGAUGUUGUUGGCCAUGCAACCAUAGCAAAGGCUUUGAAACCUUUGGGAAUCGGAGUGGCCACUGGUGAACAAUGUUGCAAUCGAGUUGUUUUCAAACAAUUAUUACAAUUGGGAGCAAUUUCCUUCUGCCAAUUAGAUUCUUGUCGACUUGGUGGCCUUAAUGAAGUAAUGGCCGUCGCUUUGUUGGCCGCUAAAUUCAAUGUUCCCGUUUGUCCUCAUGCCGGUGGUGUUGGUCUAUGUGAAUACGUUCAUCAUAUCUGCGUUUGGGACUAUGUUUCUGUUAGUGGAAGUUUUGAAAAUCGUAUGACUGAAUAUGUUGAUCAUCUUCAUGAACAUUUCAUUGAUCCGGCAAAAUGUUCAAACGGACGAUAUGUUGUUCCAAAGGUUCCUGGUUAUCUUGUUGGAAUGAAGCCAGAAUCAAUUACCAAGUAUCAAUUCCCUGAUGGUGAUUAUUGGCAAUCAGUUAAACGAAAACAUUAACUCGACAAUCAGAGAUAAUAAACAAAUAUAACAAGUACAAUUAAUCUGGAUGAGUGAAGAUUUUCUUGUUUACAUUACUGUUUUUAAAUCGCAAAAUAUAUCAUAUGAAUCAUGUAAAUCCUGAUUGAUUGGAUUAAUAUUAUUAAUGUUGCCGGUGAUUAUCUUUUCACAUAGUUUAAGAUUAAUAGUUAAUCCUGAUUACAACAUUUUGAGAGACUCGUUUUAAUUUAUGUGUCGGUUAAAAUGUCAAUAUAAAUAUAAUAAAAUUGUCCAAUUGA